AUGCACGGAGUCAAGCGCACAAAAGUGUCCCCCGAGGCCGCCGAGGCCAAGCGCCUCAAGGAGCUCACCAAGAUCCAGGCGUACACCGCGCUCGAGGAGGACGUGCUGGCGAGGAAAAAGGCCAACGACUACUCCCCCGAGGCACUGAAGCAGACAACGGCCCUCCUCGACCUCAACCCCGAGUUCUACACCAUCUGGAACUACCGGCGCAACAUCCUGUCGCGUGGGCUGAUCCCCAAGUCCACGCCAGAAGAGGUCGUGGCCCUCCUCACUGCCGACCUCCGCCUCACGAUGGCGUACAUGAAGGUCCACCCCAAGGUGUACUGGAUCUGGACGCACCGGAAGUGGUGUCUCGAGAACGUGCCGCAAGGCCCUGAUGACACGGAGGGCUGGCGCGAGGAGUUUUGGCGGACAGAGCUGGCUGUGGUCGAGAAGAUCUUGAGCGUGGACGCGCGAAACUUCCAUGCGUGGAGCUACCGCCGCUACGUCGUCGGCUCUCUUCCUGCGUCCUUCACGCCGCCGCGCACGCCGGCCGACGAGCUCAAGUACACGACCAAGAAGAUCGAGGCCAACUUCUCCAACUUCUCCGCAUGGCACCACCGCACCAAGCUGCUCGGCAAGGAGUGGGCCGCACUGCCAGCCGACAAGGUCGCGGCGCAGAAGGACAAGGAGUUCGAGCUCGUGACACAGGCGCUGUGGACCGACCCGGGAGACCAGAGCGGGUGGCUCUACCACCGCUGGCUGGUCGGCACGGCGCCGACCGUGCUCGUGCUCACGCGCGAGGUGGACAACAUCCGCGAGCUGAACGAGGCCGAGCCCGAUUCCAAGUGGUGCAUGAACGCCCUCGCGCACAACCUCCUCCUCCUUGCUGGGUUGUCGAGCGAGGCUGAAGCAAAGGCACUACGCACGGAGGCUAAGAGCUUGCUGGAACGCCUGGAGGUCAUUGACGAGGACAGGAAGGAGCGCUACCGCGAACUUGCAGGCAAACAGUAG